GGUCCACUCGUAUAGUGGUGCAUGGACCGUUAGAGAUAUUAGACUCUAACACUUACCACCAUGAGUACCACUAACCCAAGCACAUCCAAUAACGCAGGUCGGUCAUUUGGGACCAAGAUCAAAGGAGUAUUCGAGGUUAUCCAUGGCAUGUCGCAUCGAAACCCGAUCGUCUGUCACCAGGCUGACAAGUUCGCGUCUUCUUUAGGCCUUGGAGAAAACAUUAGGGGUACUGCACUCGCAGCUAUCGACUCCAUGAGCAAAAGCGACUCCACAAAGAACGACGAAAUUGCUUGGCAAGGGCGCUUGGAGUUGGAACGAGGUUUAACCAACCUUGGGAAACGCCGUGGACAGUCAUCGGCAACCACUGGUCCUGCGGGGUGGUCACCCGAUACACAACAGUCUUUGUAUUCAUCGUCGGGCUACGAUCGUGAUCCCAACGUUGUCGAGCCUCAGGGGACAUCCACGGGCUACAGUGCACCAGGAGCGAUGAAUCGCAUGCCAGAACCUCAGCGCUAUGGCUCCACAGGCCAUACACCACGACAAAACGCUUCUACUGCAUACCCAUCCAACGCAGCCGUCGGUGGAAUGGCACCAAAGGCCCCUUUCUAAUUCACUUAACCAGUCCUUCUCAUUCUUCGAACACUACCUAUGCACCUUAUAAU